AUGUCUCUGGAUUUCUUCAAAUCAUUGAAUCCUGACGAGCGCCGCCGUAAUAAUUCAGACGUCUAUAACAAGUGUGUACGGGGAGACCUGUUGAAGUUUUACAGGUUUGGUUACUCUCACUGGGGUGUGUUUGUAAGCUGUGGGUACGUGAUCCACCGUACAGAGGACAACGGUACGGUGAAGAUUCGGGAAGAUCGGUUCUGGGACCUUGCUCAAAACAACCUGAUCAGAAUCGGCAACUUUUGGGACAAUAUCGCUACUCCGCUGCCAGGGUGGCAAAUCGAGGAGAGGGCGCGGUCCCGGCUGGAAGAGAGCGGUUACGACGUGCUGUUUAAAAACUGCGAGAACUUCGCCAAAUGGUGCCGCUAUGACGUAGACAUCAGCGGACAGACAGUCUCGGCGGCGACCCUCAGCUCCAGUCUCAUUACGGCAGGUGCAGCGACCGCUAAUCCGGUUGUGGUCGGUGCCGGUGUCAGUCUCGGUGCGCUGGCGGCGGGGGCUUCCGUGGUCAGCCGGCUGUUUUUCAAGAACAACUAA